AUAAAUAUUAUAGUAUAUACGAUCUAUAAUACAAAAAUAUAUAUGUCAGUGGAACUUAGAAAACUUUCGUAUAAGUAUAGUCUAUAAGGAGUAUAGAUCUAUUUGUUUUUUAUCGUUAUAACAACAAGAUUCUAGAAUAGAUGUUGACUAGGUCUAGGAGUCUGGGGGCCUUCUACUAUACAACUACUACUUCUAGUUUCUAGAUCUAUGAGUAUCUAGUGACAAAUAUAGAUCUAGAUACGUAAACUAACUAAUACGGACUAUCAUGACUAUGCGCAUCUGGACAUAGAUUUAUGUUUAACCUUACCAAAUUGAAAAUUGCAUCCCGUAUUCCAGCCCAUUAUAUUAUCAAUAUUGUUGACAAUAACGAAAUGGGCACAUACUCAAUCUACACCAGAAGAACAAUCACUCUCUAAUGAGAACUGCUGAACAGGUGUUUGAACUGUUUGGCUUUAAAAUAACCACUGGACGUAUUGACUCCUUACUGCGUAAAUCUAAAAACUGGGCUAGCAACUUCUCAAGGGAUUCUGAUCGUAGGCGGUAUGAAAACUUUUGCAAUGAGCCCUAUGUUCAACAUUCCACUCCUAAACGAUCAGAUGAUAGAUUAUCUCCUACUUCAGGGCAUGUAAGAUCUACAUUCUUGAUGUCUACAUUAAGUCAUUCUCAUGUGAUACAGAUUGCUAAGUCUGUAAUUCCACCUUUGCAUCAUGGUAUGCAUAAAGGACAAGCAGGAAGAGUUGCAGUACUUGGUGGAUGUCAAGAGUAUACUGGAGCCCCUUAUUUUGCUGCCAUUACAGCUCUCAAAGUAGGAGCUGACUUAUCUCAUGUGUUUUGCACUUCAAGUGCUGCUACUGUCAUCAAAAGCUACAGUCCAGAGCUAAUAGUUCAUCCUGUCUUAGACAGUUUGACAGCAGUUACAGAAAUAUCUCAAUGGCUUCCAAGGUUUCAUUCUCUAGUUGUAGGCCCAGGUUUGGGUAGAGAUAGACAACUCCUUGAAAUUGUAUCAGAAGUGAUUCAAAAAGCCAAAGAACAACAGUUGCCAAUUGUAAUUGAUGCAGAUGGUCUGUUUUUAGUCACCCAGAACCCAGACAUCAUCAGGGGAUACACAAAUGCUGUGUUAACACCUAAUGUCGCUGAAUUUGACAGGCUCUAUGAGAGAGUGUUGGGGACCAAGCAAGACCCUAGUGAACCCAUUGCAAUGGCCAAAGAAUUGUCUAAGCAACUGGGUCAUGUGACUGUUGUACAGAAAGGGUCUCAUGACGUCAUCACCAAUGGGGACAAAGUUUUAGUUUGCUCAGAGGAAGGGAGUCCCAGGAGGUGUGGUGGCCAAGGAGAUUUGCUAUCUGGAGCCUUGGGAACAUUUUUGUUUUGGUCAAAACAAGCUGUUGAUAGCAAUAAUGAAAGCUGUGGGAUUGACCAAUGUGGGUACACGCUAUGUGCAGCCUAUGCCUCCUGUUCACUGACACGCCUUUGCAACAAAAUGGCCUUCAGGGAAAAUGGUAGAUCGACAACAACUACAGAUAUGAUAGCACAGAUAUCUAAAGCAUUUAUCACUUUGUAUGAGAAGAAUUGAUGUCACUGCAAACAUUUUAAAGGAGCGUUUAACUGCAUUAUUUUUACACUAUUCAGCUAACAUACUGUUGGCAGACAAUUGAUACCUCUUUGAUUGAAUAGUUUCAAAUGGAAUCCAUAAGUUCUUCUCGUUUGUUUUACUUCCUUGUAACAAAUAAUAAAUCAAAAUGGAACAAA